GACGGGGAAACAAUUAAAAGAAGGCUGAAGACAAAAGGUCACUGCUUCACAGGAGGGUGCUGAUAGAAGGGUAUCCUACUCCUCCUCCCUUCCCCCAUUGUUCGGCCGCACGUCGUUGGCGUCGCCUUGGCCUUGUUGGCCAGCCACGACGGAGGCAGAGAGACGCUCCCUAGGCUCAUCUGCGAGUUUUUUUGCCUCUCUCCAAGUGUGUGCCUCGCUUCUGCGUGUGCGAGCAAGCGAGCGAGCGAGCGAGCGAGAGAGAGAGAGAGAGAGAGAGAUGGCAGCGGUGGAGGAGAAGAAGCAGGGGACGAGGGAGGGGGAGGAGGAGGAGAAGGGAGGAGAGGGGAAAGGAGGGGAGAACGAAAGAGGGAUCAUGUCGAGCGAGGUGUUGAGCAAUAUCCAUCUUGUGACUUCGCGCUGGUACAGGACUGGCAAUGGCGCUACGCGAAGUCAAAGGCUGUUCUGCGUUUACCGAAUCUUGAUUGCGCUUUACUGGAGCGCGUGGCUGAUUUACUGCGGGAUUGAUCGAGGCCUGGGGCUCAGUGAAACGGUGCCAAACCACUGGAAAUGGUUUAUUUUCCUCACCCACUGGACGGCCGUGAUGUUGGCUGUAUACCUGCUUUGGGCAGCUGCGUUGUGCUACGGCUUCACUUUCGGCCAACAUGUCCUGUCGAAGUACAAGGCGACAUUGCAAGAGCACUUGCUGCCCAGCGACGAGAGAGAUCUACUUGCCACCCAAGAGAACUCAAGUCCUAUUUCCGGGCCGUACAAAGUCUGCUGGUAUCUGCACAACUUGGUUGGCUGUGCAACGUUCUACGUGAUGGCCUUGUAUUGGUUUGUCAUAUACACACCUGAUACCAAGAGUGACCUUAUCAAUUAUCACAUACAUGGUGUUAACUUUCUGAUCAUGCUAGUGGACAGCAUCGUUUCCGCCACCCCGUACAGCGUUUGGAAUGCUGGGCAGCCCAUGGGCUACAUGGCGCUCUACGGCUCUUUCACCUACGUGUACUGGGCAUAUGGGGGGACCAACGUGGAAAACAAACCAUACAUCUACCCUAUCCUCGACUACGCUGAUGACUUCAAGGAUGCUCUGAAGUUUAAUCUGAUUUCGCUUUUCCUCAUUGCGCCCGGUAUGCAUCUCAUCAUGUGUGCCUGGAACUUCCUCUGGAACAUGGCCUUUGGUCCGAUGCGGAACCUCGACGUACCACGGUCCGAGUGGGUUAUGGCCCUUGUGAAGGACAUGAGGGACAGGUACCUCACACCGCUCGCAAACAGGCUUCAUCAGAUCUGGAAGCGAUGGCGAGGCGAGACUGUGGCAGCCAACAUCGUAGCGUAAAUCAAAGCUUGUAAUGCAAGACUGGCACCCAUGGUGCGCCUCAAAGGAUCCGUUGGGAGCGGCAUUCAACAAGGAAGUUGUGGAGCUGAGCAUAAUUGUUUGUUGUUCACCAGACG